AUGUCGACCAAGACUGAGGCUUCCCGCCCACGGCCGGCAGACACCAAGCAGAAGGUGCACAUCGCCGACACCCCUCUCACCAGCAAGAACUGGCACAAGCACGUCAACUGGCUCAAUGUCUUCCUCAUCCUCGGCAUUCCCUUCUAUGGCUGUGUCCAGGCCUUGUGGGUGCCAUUGCAGAUGAAGACUCUGGUCUGGGCAGUCAUUUACUACUUUUUCACCGGUCUUGGUAUCACCGCAGGAUACCAUCGUCUCUGGGCUCACUGCUCCUACUCCGCCACCCUUCCUCUCCGUAUCUGGCUCGCCCUUGUCGGUGGCGGCGCCGUCGAAGGCUCCAUCCGUUGGUGGGCUCGCGGCCACCGUGCCCACCACCGAUACACUGAUACUGAGAAGGACCCCUACUCCGUCCGGAAGGGUUUCUGGUACUCCCACCUGGGAUGGAUGGUCAUGAAGCAGAACCCCAAGCGUAUCGGCCGUACCGACAUUUCCGACCUCAACGAGGACCCCGUCGUGAUCUGGCAGCACCGUCACUACCUCAAGGUUGUCUUUGGCAUGGGUCUGAUUGCUCCCAUGGUCGUAGCUGGUCUCGGAUGGGGUGACUGGUUCGGCGGCUUCAUUUACGCCGGUAUCCUGCGUAUCUUCUUCGUUCAGCAGGCCACUUUCUGUGUCAACUCUCUGGCUCACUGGCUCGGUGACCAGCCCUUCGAUGACCGCAACUCCCCUCGUGAUCACGUCAUCACUGCCCUCGUCACCCUCGGUGAGGGAUACCACAACUUCCAUCAUGAAUUCCCCUCGGACUACCGUAAUGCCAUCGAGUGGCACCAGUACGACCCCACCAAGUGGACCAUCUGGGCAUGGAAGCAGCUUGGUCUUGCCUACGAUCUUAAGCAGUUCCGUGCCAACGAGAUUGAGAAGGGUCGUGUGCAGCAGCUCCAGAAGAAGAUCGACCAGAAGCGCGCCAAGUUGGACUGGGGCGUGCCUUUGGAGCAGCUUCCCGUCAUGGAGUGGGAUGACUAUGUUGAGCAGGCUAAGAGCGGCCGCGGCCUGAUUGCCAUCGCCGGUGUGGUUCACGAUGUCACCGACUUCAUCAAGGACCACCCCGGUGGUAAGGCCAUGAUCAACUCUGGCAUCGGCAAGGACGCUACUGCCAUGUUCAACGGGGGUAUCUACUAUCAUUCCAACGCCGCCCACAACCUUCUGUCCACCAUGCGGGUCGGUGUUAUCCGCGGUGGAUGUGAGGUUGAGAUCUGGAAGCGCUCCCACAAGGAGAACGCCGAGUAUGUGCGUGACGAGUCUGGCCAACGUGUUAUCCGCGCUGGUCAGCAAGUGACCAAGAUUCCUGAGCCAGUUCCUACUGCUGAUGCUGCUUAA